AUGCCCCUGCCCGUUAGCGACUACCGCUGGCAGCAGACGGAGGCUGCGGUCUUUAUCUCUGUGCCCCUCCGGGGCGUCUGCGUCCGAGAUGCGGACGUGUUCUGCACGGAAAACUAUCUGAAGGUCAACUUUGCUUCAUUUUUAUUUGAGGUGUUUCUCUACGCUCCCAUAGACGAUGAGAGCAGCAAAGCCAAGAUUGGGAAUGACACUAUUGUUUUCACCUUACAUAAAAAAGAACCGGUCAUGUGGGAGACCCUUUCUGUGUCAGGUGUUGACAAAGAGAUGAUGCAAAGAAUACGGGAGAAAUCUAUUUUACAAGCACAAGAAAGAGCAAAAGAAGCUAUGGAAGCAAAAGCUGCAGCAAGGCGGGAAGAUCAAAAAUAUGCACUAAAUGUCAUGAUGAAGAUUGAAGAAGAAGAGAGGAAUAAAAUAGAAAAUAUGAAAGAAAAUGAACGGAUAAAAGCAACUAAAGAAUUGGAAGCCUGGAAAAAAUGUCAAAGAAAAGCUGAAGAACAAAAAAUAAUUCAGACAGAAGAGAAGUUACAUGAACAAGAAAAGCAAAUAGAAGAGGGGGAAAAAGUAAAACAUAAAAGUCUUACUAGAAAUUCAACAUCUAAAAAUCUCACCACACAAGGGAGACACUCAGAAAAUAUAUUUUCUGAGAAGUUAAAGGAAGAUAGUAUUCCUGCUCCUCGCUCUGUUGGCAAUAUUAAAAUCAACUUCACCCCUCGAGUAUUUCCAACUGCUCUCCGGGAAUCACAAGUAGCAGAAGAAGAGGAGUGGCUACACAAACAAGCAGAGGCACGAAGAGCAAUGAAUACUGAUAUUCCUGAACUUAGUGAUUUAAAAGAAGAAGAAAAGAACCCAGAAUGGUUGAAGGAUAAAGGGAACAAAUUGUUUGCAACAGAAAACUAUUUGGCAGCUAUUAAUGCAUACAACUUAGCCAUAAGACUAAACAGUAAAAUUCCACUAUUAUAUCUGAAUCGAGCGGCUUGCCACCUGAAAUUAAAAAACUUACACAAGGCCAUCGAAGAUUCUUCUAAGGCACUAGAAUUAUUGACACCACCUGUUGCAGACAAUGCUAAUGCAAGAAUGAAGGCACAUGUACGACGUGGAACAGCAUUCUGUCAACUAGAAUUGUAUAUAGAAGGCCUACAGGAUUAUGAAGCUGCACUUAAGAUUGAUCCAGCCAACAAAAUUGUACAAAAUGAUGCUGAGAAGAUUCGGAAUAUAAUUCAAGGAACAGAACUAAAAUCUUAAUGACUACUAGAAGCAACUAGGAGUAUCCUAGCUCAGCAACCCUGAAACUUUUACUUCUAUGAAGCAACUUUCAACAACUUCUGUAGCCGUCCUGUCCAGUUAUCAAACCUUCUGAUGUGACAGUGUUGUUUGUUUCUUACAACCA